CGGCUAACCCCGGACUACACUUCCAAACCCGGCCGCCUGGCUACCGUAGCGCUCUGUGGGGACAUAAUAAAAAUGCCCAGUGUCACAGUGAAAGACGUGAACCAGCAGGAGUUUGUCAAGGCUUUAUCAGCCUUCCUGAAAAAAUCUGGCAAACUUAAAGUCCCAGAGUGGGUCGACACGGUGAAGCUUGCCAGGCACAAAGAGCUGGCGCCCUGCGAUGACAACUGGUUCUACACCAGAGCAGCGUCCACGGCCCGUCACCUGUACCUGCGAGGAGGGGUGGGCGUCGGCUCCAUGAUCAAGAUCUACGGCGGGCGUCAGAGGAACGGCGUCUGCCCCGCCCACUUCAGCGUGGGCUCCAGGAACGUGGCGAGGAAGGUCCUCCAAGCUCUGGAGGGCCUCAAGAUGGUGGAGAAGGACCCCAAUGGUGGUCGGAGGCUUACCCCUCAGGGCCAGAGAGACCUGGAUAGGAUCGCUGGUCAGGUGGCCUCAGCAAACAAGAAACAGCGGAGUUUACAAAGCGCCAUGUGAGGAAAAGCACGCCAAGAAUCCAGACAUGUGAAACGCAGCUAUGCCUUACUGCUUAUUUACUCGAGUUGGCUUGCCUCCCAUAUCAAUCCAGUGACCGCAGAGUGCAAACGGCGUUUCAUAGAGAUGCAUGAGUCUAUAGUGCAGUGAGUCCAAAAUUAAACAUUACACGUGAAUGUUUGCAUCAGUUUUAGGUUUGUUUGAAGUUCUGUGAUAGUAAAACACAGAACAGACACAGAAACACUCAGAAUACAGGAUUAUGAAGCGAGAGCAUGCUACCAAAAAGAUGUGAAGCUGUGAAAAACUGUGAACUGCAACAUAUCCAAACACACAUUUUUUAUUUCCAUUGUUGUGUUUUGCAGAAUGGAACAUGUUAUGAAUGAGAUGUGUGAGGAUAGCACAAUAAUCCAGAGUGUUCCCAAUAAACUGAGCAUGAGCAC